AUGUCCGAAUCAAAGACUCAAUGGCUCCUCUACGCCAUUACGAGCGGUGGCUGCGCUGCACUCAACGGCGCCUUUGCAAAGCUCACGACAACACAUCUCACAACAGCCUGGGCCGCCCAGAUCUCUUACUCGCUAGGCUUAAAUGAGCAGAGCACUGCAGUCGACUACCUUGUGCGAGGCUUCUUCUUCCUCAUGAAUCUAGCCUUCAACGGCGUGAUGUGGGCGCUAUUCACUCGCGCCUUGACACUUGCGAACAGCACUGUACGGGUCAGCGUCAUCAACACGAGUGCGAACUUUAUGAUUACGGCUUUGUUGGGAGCUUUGAUUUUCGGGGAAGAAUUGUCGGGGCUAUGGUGGGUUGGAGCAGGCUUGCUUGUGGCGGGUUCGGUGAUUAUUGGGAGAAGGGAGGAGACU